AUGGACACCGACUCGACCGACAGCGAAGAUGAUCGCGUUCAGUAUCGCCUGACCGUGAGGCCUUCGAAGCAUCGAAAGAAUACAGAGAAGAAGCGCCUGAACAAGCAGGUUUUGAAACAAUACAUGAUAGAACACGACAGAGAAGCCUAUGCCAAAGAUUCUGAGAAAAAGAAGCGCGGCCCCUUCGCUGAAGCUUCCACCGACAUUACACCGCGAGAAUAUCAGAUAGAACUCUUCGAAGCCGCCAAGGAGAAGAAUCUCAUUGUGGUUUUACCUACAGGCACAGGUUCUGGUAAAACACUCAUCUCCAUCUUAUUGCUAAAAUACUACAUUCGAAUCGAAGUGGAAUCUCGCGCUCUUGGAAAUCCGAGGAAGGUGGCCUUUUUCUUGGUGGAAAAAGUAGCCCUCUGUGAGCAGCAAUACCGAUUUCUUAAGGACCAGAUUUUCGGCCACAACAUUGUCAUGUUCACAGGCGAUAACCGCGGCGUGACCAAGGACAAGAAGUACUGGGAUGAUCAGUUUUCCUCAAACAAGGUUGUGGUCUGCACUGCUCACAUUUUGCUCGACUGUCUGAACAACGGCUUCAUUACAAUGGACCAGAUCAACCUCCUCAUCUUCGACGAAGCCCAUCAUGCAAAGAAGAAGCAUGAUUACGCGCAAAUUGUCCGACGAUAUUAUUAUUCUACCGAAAAGAACAAGAGACCUCGCAUUCUAGGAAUGACCGCUUCCCCUGUGGAUUCCAAGGCUGGAGAUGUUGCAGAACUGGCACUUGAACUUGAGAAAACCCUUGACAGCGAGAUCGCAACACUCUCCGACAAGAUGAUGCGACAGGCGACUGAUUUCCAAGUUCAUGUUGAAGAGACAGUCAAAUACAACACACUUGGACUACCAGACGAGACCAAGACACAGCUUUGGGACUCGAUCUCUAAGCUAGUAUCGCGAAACAAGGAAUUCAAGGCGUCUCUCGACUUCACAAAAGAGGCCUCCACAAUCCUAGGACCCUGGUGUGCGGACCGAUACUGGCAAGUCUUGAUCGACGAUACAGAGAUCAAGCGACUCGCCGACAGGACUCGCAUGGCUUUUUUCGGGGGUGGAGAGAAGUUGUUGGCAAGAGGAGACCAAGCAGAAGAGGCUGUCAGGGAGGUUCAAAAGGUCGUCGCAGCCCACGAGUUUAGGGCGAUCAGUCCUCAAUCGCAGGAAUUGUCAGCUAAAGUGAAAUGUCUACAUGAAAUCCUGGUUCAUGCCUUCACAGUCGAUAACACAAAGCGCUGCAUCGUUUUUGUUGAUCAGAGACACACAGCUUGCCUCCUUUCGGACCUUUACGACCAAGUUUCAAUGGCAAUUCCCGGUAUGAAUGCUUCGUAUAUGAUUGGUCAACAAUCUAGCAGCAGCACCCUUGGCAAUAUGUCUCUGCGAAAGCAAUGUUCAACGCUCAAGAACUUUAGGGACGGCGUGAUAAACUGUCUCUUUGCAACAUCAGUGGCAGAGGAGGGAAUUGACAUUCCGAGUUGUGAUCUUGUUAUCCGAUUUGAUCUCUAUACUUCUGUUAUUCAGUAUGUUCAAUCCAAAGGGCGUGCGAGACACGAAUCUUCACGGUAUAUCACCAUGCUGGAAGACGGCAACAUGAGACAGAUUCGCAGUCUGAAACAAGCAGCGAGAGAUGCAACAGCCCUUCGAGAGUUCUGUCUAAGAAUACCUGCCGAUCGAAAACUUCAAGACGAUGUAUUUGAUGAGGAGACGGAAAGUCAGAUCAAGCAAAUACGUUUUAACGUGUACAAAAUAGAAUCAACGGGCGCACAACUUACAUUCCCCUCAAGCCUCGAGAUACUAGCUCGAUUCGUUGCAUCCUUGGGUACAGCAGAGAGCAGCCAUAGCAAGGCUGAAUAUCACGUCUACAAGGUGGGAACAUAUUUCACAGCCGCCGUCAAUCUACCGUCCAGUUCCCCCAUCGUCUCCCAAACAGGCUAUCCACAACGAAGCAAGCUUCUCGCAAAAUGCUCAGCGGCUUUUGAGGUUUGCAAGAAGCUCAUCAAUGGCAAACACAUUGAUGAUCAUCUUCAGCCUACUUUCAAGAAACAUUUCCACAAAAUGCGCAAUGCUCGUGUGGGAAUAAGCCCUAACAAGAAGGGUGAGCAUGACAUGCGCCUGAGGCCCAACGUUUGGAGUAUCCGUGGAGAAUGGACACACUUCUUCCCAACAAGAAUUACUCUUGACAGGGAUUGUGGAGAGAAAAACAGGUCGUUGAUUCUUCUUUCGCGAAGUCCACUUCCAGGACUACCUUCAAUCCCUCUAUUCUUCGGCAAUGGACGCUCAGCCAUCGUUGAAGUGACAUGUUCUCAAGAACCUUUACCCAUCACGACCGAGGAAGCUGGGGGUUUGACUGCUUUCACACUCAAAAUCUUUGCCGACGUUUUCAGUAAAGAGUUUGAGGCCACUUGCGACCAGUUUCCUUACCUUCUUGCCCCCUUGGCAAAAGACACCAAUCUAAACGAAAUAUCGCGAAUCGACUGGGAUACUGUCAACCUUGUCAGAGACCAUGACAGUCUCGAAUGGGAGAAUGCGCCCGACGAUUUCUUUUUCGACAAGCUUGUUGUAGAUCCAUAUGAUGGAGGGCGCAAGCUUAUAAUCAAAGGCAUUGACAAAUCCAAGAAGCCUUCUGAUCCUACACCGGAGGGAGUGCCUGAGUCGAGAAGUCGUGCUUAUAGGUCUGCGGAACAAAACAUUAAGCAGUACAGCAACAGUCUGUUUUCCAAGUCUCGACUAACGGCCCAGUGGCGAGACGAUCAACCGGUUGUCAAAGCUGAGCUUCUCUCAUUGCGACGCAAUCUGUUGGACGAGUUUCAAGUAAACGAGGAAAUCAACAAGGAUUGCUUCGUCAUUUUAGAACCCCUCAACGUGUCACCUCUGCCAAUUGACGUCGUUUCCAUGGCACUCAAGUUCCCGGCAAUCAUCCACAGAAUCGAUUCUGCUCUGAUCGCUCUUGAUGCAUGCGAACUAUUCGACCUCUCUAUUCCGCCAGCGCUGGCACUCGAGGCAAUGACCAAAGACAGCGACAACACUGAGGAUCAUGGCAAGCAACAAAUCAAUUUCCAAGCUGGCAUGGGUUCCAACUAUGAAAGGUUGGAAUUUCUUGGAGACUCGUUUCUCAAAAUGGCCACCACAAUCUCCAUUUUUGUACUCAAACCCAAGAGCAACGAAUGUUUGUACCAUGUAGAGCGCAUGCUGCUCAUCUGCAACAACAAUCUGUUCAACACGGCCGUAGAUUGCAAGCUCCCAGAGUACAUACGAUCCUUGGCAUUCGACAGGCGAACUUGGUACCCUGAUCUUACACUCAGAAAAGGCAAAGCUUUCAAGGCAACAGCGCGACAGCGCUUAGCCGACAAAAGUAUUGCGGAUGUCUGUGAAGCUCUCAUUGGUGCUGCAUACCUCUCAAGCAAGGAUGACAAUUUGAACAUGGCCGUCAAAGCUGUGUCACAGAUGUGCAAAGCAAAGUACCAUACCAUGAUGGCUUACGAUGAGUACUACGCAUCUUUCAAGGUUCCAGAUUGGCAGAAAGCCAGUCCAAACGCCAACCAGCGUAGACUUGUGCAGAAAGUGGCAGACGCUACCGGGUACCACUUCAAGUCUGCGCCGCUGCUCCAGAGUGCAUUCACACACCCUUCUUACGCGUAUUCAGGGAACGUUCCAAACUAUCAACGCCUCGAGUUUCUAGGCGAUGCCCUCAUCGACAUGACCAUCGUCGAAUAUCUCUAUCGCAACUUUCCCCUCGCAGACCCUCAGUGGUUGACGGAGCACAAGAUGGCAAUGGCCUCGAACCAAUUUCUCGGUUGUCUGUGUGUUAAGCUCAAUCUGCACCACCAUCUUCUGUUCAACACGUCGCAGUUCAUCAGCAAAAUUCGUGACUAUGUGGCCGAACUUGAGUUGGCUGAAGAGACUGCGCGCCAAGAGGCAGAAGAAGACGGGACUCCAAUGCGCAUGGACUUUUGGCUCAAUGCGACAACGCCUCCAAAAGCGUACGCAGAUUCAAUCGAGGCUCUUAUGGGGGCCAUGUUUGUGGAUUCUGAAUUCGACUAUUCUGUUGUUGAGGAUUUCUUUACCAAGUUCAUCUUCCCGUACUUUAAAGACAUGUCUCUGUACGAUACCUUUGCAAACAAGCAUCCUUACACAUUUCUCACCAAGAAGAUGCAACAGGAGAUCGGGUGCAUGAAAUUCUGUAUGAUUUCAGACACCCGCGUUCCUGAUGCAGAGCGUGGCAUGGAAGUUAUGAAAGAGUACGACAUAUAUUCAGCCUUUCAAGUGCACGAAAGAGUCAUCACAUGUCACGUAUCAAAGAGUGGAAGGUACGGUAAGAUUGCUGCUGCAAAGGGGGCACUCGAGUUGUUGGAGCCGUAUGGCGGUGAUGUGGUCGCGAUGAAGAAGCUGUUGGGCUGCGACUGCGACUCUGUAACAGCAGCCAUGGCGGAGAUGGACCAUGGAACAGCUGUCUAA